AUGGGAUUAUGCUCUGAGCUGUUUGUUGCCGAUGAUAACAAGGGAACUAACGAGGUUAAGGCUACUACGCCAACAUUAUACAUAUUUGGAGACUCAACAUUUGAUGUUGGAACCAACAAUUUUCUCAACACUAAAACAAAGGCAAAUUCUCCCUAUUUUGGGAUUGAUUUUUCUCAUUCAUUUCCCACUGGAAGGUUUAGCAAUGGUCUCAAUACUGCUGACCAAAUUGCUAGGCAAUUCGGUUUAAAGAAAAGUCCACCACCAUUUUUGGAUUUGGAAAAACUUCAAUACAGUUUCAAGCACAACAUUAUGGUUGGUGUGAAUUUUGCAUCUGGGGGAUCUGGAAUUCUUCGAUAUACAGGGUACAAACAAUCGGGAGAAGUGAUUUACCUUGAAAAGCAGGUGCAACAAUUUGAAUUGGUCAGCGGAAAUAUCACUGAAAUAUUGGGGCCAGCAAAUGCUUCUACUUUUCUUUCAAAAGCUUUGUUUCUAAUUAGCGUUGGUACCAAUGACAUCUUUGAUUAUGAACGUAAUGAAAGUGGCGUUUUUCAUUUGGGUAAGGAAGAAAAUUUGGCUGUUCUACAGCUAAACUAUUACUCUUAUAUAAGGAAACUAUAUGAUUUAGGGGCUCGGAAAUUUGGCAUCCUUAACGUUCCACCCAUAGGAUGUUAUCCUGCUGUAACUUGUAACAAUGGAGGAAAGUGUGUGAAACCACUUAAUGAUUUCGCUGUUGCAUUCAACAAAGCUACUCAAACUCUUCUGCAAAAGUUAAGCUUCGAGUUGGAAGAAUUCGAGUAUUCACUUGCCAACACUUAUGCAAUGUUCAACACCAUGUUAAAAUACCCAUUGGCCUUUGGGUUGAAUGAUACAAAGUCAGCAUGUUGUGGAGUUGGAAAAUUGAAUGGAGAAGGUCCAUGUUUGAAAACCUUGAACGAAAAGCAUUGUGAAAUUGGAAAGUUCAAUGGAGAUGAUUCAUUAUUGAAAUCCUUGAACGACAAACUUUGGGGAAUAGGAAAGUUGUAUAUAGAGAGAGAGGCCCUUUGCAUAAAAGUAUUGAACACCAAUAUUUGUGACAAUCAUGAUGAUCACUUAUUUUGGGAUUGGUUAAAUCUCACUCAAAGAGCUUCAAAGUUGAUAGCUAAUAUGCUAUUUGAGGGAGGGGAUCACUUUGUAUUUCCAAAUAAUUUCAGAGACUUAGUUUCUUCAUUUCAUUUCGACAAUAAUCACCCGUAAGCAAUGUUUUAAAUCAAAACGCUGUCCAAAAAAAGGGCUACAAAUCUCGUAUAUUGGCAAACUUUUGAGUUUUAUUACGAUUUUAUAGU